AUGAAUUUGCUGAAAUUUUACAACAAAGUAUCAAAAAUAAGUUCGGCGUCUCAAAAUGCCGAUCAAUCAGAGUUUCCCUCGCAUUCUUCUCUAAGACAAGAAAUUGAUACAAUUGCUCCACAGUCCGACCCAGCUGAAAGAACUCCAAUAUUGGAGUAUCAUCCAAACCAUCGCGAUGAAAUAAGGAGGGCAUACAUUCAAGGUGGUGCUUGCCAACCUCGGUAUCAUGACUUCCCUCAAUCUCACUUUUCUGAAUUUAUGCGUCUUUUUAAUCCUCUAUGGUUUGAUGAAUUUAAUUGGUUGGAGUAUAGUGUAAGUACCGAUGCUGCAUAUUAUUUACCUUGUUAUUUAUUUAAGGGCGAAAGUAUUCAGCAAGAUGGUGGUGAUAUUUUUUCGAGUAAAGGGUUUAGGAAUUGGAACAAAAAAGAAUGUUUUAAGAAACGUGUUGGUUUGCCAAAUAGUAUUCACAAUAAAGCAAAUAGAAAUUGCGAUGAUCUAAUGCAGCAAAAACAGUCUAUUAUUGCUGCAUUUGACAAACAGUCUGAUCAAACUAAGCGUGAGUAUUGGCUUCGCUUAAAUGCUUCAGUUGAUGUGGUAAGGAUUCUUUUGACUCAAGGAUUUGCUUUUCGCGGUCAUGAUGAAAGUGAAACGUCAUUGAACAAAGGUAAUUUUAUUGAAAUUCUUUCAUGGUAUGCGGCUAAAUGUGACAAGAUUGAACCCUUUGUGUUGAAACAUGCUCCAAAAAACAAUAAGAUGACUUCUUCAGAUAUUCAAAAAGAAAUUGUGACCGCAUGUAAGAUAGAAACUAUUAAGGCUAUAAUAGAGGAUCUAAAUGGUGACUACUUUACUUUAUUAGUUGAUGAGUCUUUAGAUGUGUCACGCAAAGAGCAAAUGGCUAUUGUUUUACGGUAUGUCGAUAAAAAAGGAAGUGUGAUGGAGAGGUUUAUUGGCAUGGUUUAUGUUCGAGAUACUAGUGCUUUAUCUCUAAAGAAAGCAAUUGUCGAUGUACUUGUUCAUCAUUCUUUAAGUUUAUCUUCUAUACGCGGACAAUGUUAUGAUGGGGCAAGCAAUAUGCAAGGUGAUAUUAAAGGUCUUAAGAAGUUGAUUAAACAAGAAAGUAGAUCGGCUCAUUCUAUUCAUUGUUUUGCACAUCAACUUCAAUUGACUCUAGUUGCGGUUUCUAAGAAGUGUGUUCAAGUAGGUGAACUUGUAUUAUUGGUUUCAAAUAUUUUGAAUGUGUUGGGAGCUUCUUUUAAACGUGUGGAUGAAUUUAGAGGUUCUCAAAAAGAAAAACUCCAAGAGGCAUUAGAUAUGGGUGAACUAAAAAUAGGUAAAGGCUUGAAUCAAGAACUCGGUCUUGUUAGAGCUGGGGAUACUCGUUGGGGAUCUCACUACAAGUCGUUUGAAAACUUUAUUCGUAUGUUUGGCUCUAUUGUUGAUGUUCUUGAUACACUUGUUGAAGAUGCAGGUACUUUAGAUGAUAGAGCUAAGGCAUCAGGGUAUCUCGAAGCUUGUCAAACAUAUAAGAUCACGGCGAAAACCUGUGUGUUUUGUAAAGUUCUUGAUUGGCAAGUUCAAGAACUUAAUGAUCAUUUUGACGAAGUGACGACUGAGUUGCUUCAUGGAUUUGCUUGUUUGAAUCCAAUUGACGCAUUUUCAAGUUUUGAUAUCAGAAAAAUAAUGAAGAUGGCUGAAUUUUAUCCUGAUGACUUUGAUGAAUUUAGGAUGAAUGCUCUUGAGAAUCAGCUUGCGAGUUACAUUAUUGAUGUUCGUGAUUUUGAUGAAAGGUUCUCCAAUCUAAAUGGGUUCUGA